AAUGGUGAAAGGUAUGUUCACGAAACAUCAGAAAAUGAAAACUUGGCAAUUGGCAUUUGGUUGCUCCAUGUUGGACAACUAGUCUUUCGCAGCUGUUUCAAAUCAUUUGUAUCGUAUUUUAAUUAUACGUAGCCACCAGCACACUCAAUACAUUGUGUUUUCUUCGACGGGUUAUUUUUCAUAACAUAUUAACAAAUACAUUGUGAAAAUUGUGACCCAAAACUAAUAUCUCUUCAGUGACGUAAUUAGAACGGUCGACGGUCGUAAAAAUUGUGAAACGCGAGUGGCUACAGUGUACAGACAAAUUAUUUGUGUGAAUGGGGCUGCUCCAUUUGCUGUAAGUCCGUGUUAUUUUUCAAAAUGUGGGAACUGGAUUCUGACACGGGAUCCCAGAGCGCAUCGUCGGAUGGUAUUCGACGUAGACAAGGAUGGGAUCCCGAGGCCGAGAGUCUUGCGUCCCAAAUCGAUGAGCUCGAUGAGGUCCUUGCGGAAGAGGAAGAAGGAUGUCCUCUACCAUCGACUCCCGAAGAUCAACACUUACUCGAUGCGGAAAUGGCCGAGGUUUUGAAGGCUGGUGUUUUGUCCGAUGAAAUUGACCUCGGAGCUUUGGCGCACAACGCUGCGGAACAAGCUGAAGAAUUUGUUCGUAAGGUGUGGGAGGCGUCGUGGAAUGUAUGCCACUUUAGACACCUGCCGCGUUGGCUUCAAGACAAUGAUUACUUACACAGGGGCCACCGACCGCCACUACCAUCUUUCAGCGCUUGCUUUGCGUCUAUUUUCCGCAUUCACACAGAAACUGGAAACAUUUGGACCCAUCUACUUGGAUGCAUCGCUUUCAUCGGCGUAGCUAUUUAUUUUGUAACACGACCUUCCAUUGAAAUUCAAACACAAGAGAAGAUGAUAUUUGGAGUUUUUUUCGUUGGUGCUAUUGUUUGUUUGGGAUUUUCUUUUGCAUAUCACACACUGCAUUGUCAUUCAGAAAUGGUCGGAAAACUGUUCUCCAAAUUGGAUUAUUGUGGAAUAGCUCUGCUUAUAAUGGGUUCAUUUGUUCCUUGGCUCUACUACAGCUUCUACUGCCAUUAUAGGCCAAAAAUAAUAUAUCUAUCAGUGGUUGUGGUGCUUGGUUUUCUAUCCAUUAUAGUGUCGCUGUGGGAUAGAUUCUCUGAGCCACGACUAAGGCCUCUUCGAGCAGGAGUUUUUAUGGGUUUUGGUCUCUCUGGUGUAGUUCCUGCCAUUCACUAUGGUAUUACAGAAGGCUGGUUAAGCCAAGUCAGUAAGGCGUCAUUAGGUUGGCUGGUGCUAAUGGGGCUUUUGUAUAUUCUAGGGGCAAUGUUUUAUGCCCUGCGUGUUCCUGAAAGAUGGUUCCCUGGCAAGUGUGAUAUCUGGUUCCAGUCCCACCAGAUCUUCCAUGUGCUUGUCAUUGUUGCUGCAUUUGUCCACUACCAUGGAAUUAGUGAGCUAGCUUCAUACAGAGUCACUGUAGGAGAGUGUUCAAUACCCCAAUCCUCAAUUGCAUUCUAACCGGCCCAGUCCCAUAUGUGAUAGUAGAUCAUAGAUAACUUAAUAAGAAAAAACACAAAUUUUCAAUAGUUUCACUGUAUAUUUUUCACAAUAAUUACAUAAUUUUUUAACACAUUUUUAAAUAGGUUUUUUAAAAAAAAAUUGCAGUGAGGCUGUAUAUGAAUGUUGAAAGACACAAAUUUGUGUUACAAUUCUGUUUAGACUUCUUUGUCUUAAAGUUGAUAGUUACUUUUAAUUUUGAUUAUUUAUUUAUAUUAUAGAUUCGUUAAUGUUAUUAGUUAUUCCUUUUUUUUUAUUUUCUUUACAUCUGCACUAGUAAUUACACGUAAAAGUAUGACAAUUUAUUUGUAUAAAAUACUUAAUCAUCAAAUAUAUUUUCAAUAUUGUACUUAAUUUAUUUGAUGUACCUUGCACUAAUUAGAAUUAUUUGUGGUAGUUUGUAGACAAUGACCACAUAUUGUGACCUACUUUUAAAUGUUUGUGAAAUAGUUGUUUGAUUCACUUUACCCUUAUUAUUUUACAAAAAUUAAAUGGUCCAUUUGAGAAUCUCAUUUCACUUGAGAGGCCAUAUUUCAAUAUUUUUCAUUUAGCUCAUUUUCUGUCUUUAUAUUAUUUACCUCAUUAUUAAUAAACAUUCCAUUUUGAAAUUGAAAAACAAUGUUUGAGAUUAGUUUUUAUUAUAACAAUAUCUAAAAUAUGUGGUCUAAUGCUAGAUAUAAUGAGAAUUUAUAUUCUAAAUUGUUGUAAGUGUUCAUGAUUAUAAAGAUUUUAUGGAAAAACAAGAAAAUAAAAGAAAAAUUAAAGCAAUUGGAAAGUACAUUAUUGUAGAAUGUGUGGAAUGGAGAAAAUAAAAAUAUUUUAACUAAAAAAGUUAUUUAUGUGACAAACUUUGUGUUGGCAGUUUUUGUGCUUGUUUAUUAUUUUCAUUAAUUUCAGAUAUAAAAAAAAUACUUGCGUUUUUGCUGAGAUUGAUCAGCAUUUCAGUAUUUUGCAAAUCGUCUGCUCAUGACUGAUAAAGACAAUAUUUUCAACUAUGUUUAUGUAACUAUUAAUAUAAAUUUAUCAAUAUAAUAACUUUUCUUUCAAUGUACCGAUUCAUCUUUAUUCCAUUGUUGCUAGAAUAGAAAAAUAAGUAGUAAUAUUAAACUUUAUUGUGUAGAUAUUAUCGCUUUCAUAAUUCAUUGUUUAAUUUGUUAGACCUUUUCUUGUUUUAAAUGGGAUAAAAUGUGAUUAUGGAAU